AUGACGGCCCUCGCCUUACAGGCUCAGAGGCUGCUGGCCCCUCGGAAGCCCCACAGGCCCUUCUUUGAGUACUUUAUCCGGACCUUGAUCAUCGUGUGUGCUGCCCUGGCUGUGGUCCUCUCCUCGGUCUCCAUCUGCGAUGGCCAGUGGCUCCUGGCUGAGGACCGCCUCUUUGGGCUUUGGCACUUCUGCACUACUGCCAACCAGAGUGAGCCACACUGCGUCCGGGACUUGAGUCAGGCCCAUGUGCCUGGGCUGGCUAUAGGCAUGGGCCUGGCCCGUAGCAUGAGCGCCUUGGCUGUGGUGGUUGCCAUCUUUGGCUUGGAGCUCCUUAUGGUGUCCCAGGUGUGUGAAGACCGUCACUCACUGCACAAGUGGGCCAUAGGCUCCGUGCUCCUCCUGGUCUCUUUCAUCCUCUCUUCUGGAGCCCUUCUGAGCUUCAUGGUCCUCCUCAGGAAUCAGAUCACACUCCUCGGCUUCACCCUGAUGUUCUGGUGCCAAUUCACCGCCUCCUUCCUCCUCUUCCUGAAUGCCCUCAGUGGUCUUCACAUCAAUAGCAUCACACACUCCUGGGACCAUCCAAGGAAAUUUUAG